AUGAGGCCCCUGUGGCUGUGCUGGGCGCUCUGGGCGUUGCCCCUGCCAGGACCUGGGGCCACCCUGACCGGGGAGCAGGUGCUGGCCAGCCUGCUGCAGCAGCUGGGCCUCAGAGAGGCACCCAUCCUGGACCAGCGAGACGCAGAGGAGGUGGCCACCUCGGCCCACGUGAGGGCCCAGUACGUGGCCCUCCUGCAGCGUAGCCACGGUGCCCGCUCCCGAGGGAAGCGGUUCAGCCAGAGAGUCCGAGAGGUGGCAGGCAGGCUGCUGGCGUCAGAGGCCUCCGUGCACGUGCUGGUGUUCGGCAUGGAGGGGCGGCUGCCGCCCAACAGUGAGCUGGUGCAGGCGGUGCUGCGGCUCUUCCAGCAGCCGGUCCCCAAGGCCGCGCUCCGCAGGCUGUCCCCAUACAGCGCCCGUGCCCGUGUCACCGUCCAGUGGCUGCGUGUCCGGGAAGACAGCUCCAACAGCACCUACCUGGUGGACUCCAGGCUGGUGUCCCUCCAUGAGAGUGGCUGGAAGGCCUUCGACGUGACCGAGGCCGUGAACUUCUGGCGGCAGCUGAGCCGGCCUGGGCAGCCGCUGCUACUACAGGUGUCUGUGCAGAGGGAGCACCUGGGCCCUCGGGCCUCAGAUGCCCACAAGCUGGUGCACUUCGCCUCCCAAGGCCGGGGGGUCACCGGGCAGGCGGAGCCCCAGCUGGAGCUGCACAGUCUGGACCUCGGGGCCUAUGGAUCACAAGGCGAUUGUGACCCUGGGGUGCCGGUGGUGGAGGGCGCCCGCUGCUGCCGCCAGGAGAUGUACAUUGACCUGAGGGGGAUGACAUGGGCUCAGCACUGGGUCCUGGAGCCCCCUGGCUUCCUGGCCUACGAGUGUGUGGGCGCGUGCCGCCAGCCCCCGGGGCCCCUGCCCUUCGUGGGACCACUCCUGGGGCCACGACAGUGCGUCGCCUCGGAGAUGACCUCCUUGCCCGUGAUCGUCAGCGUCAAGGAGGGGGGUAGGCCCAGGCCCCAGGUGGUCAGCCUGCCCAACAUGAGGGUGGAGAAAUGCAGCUGCUCGUGGGACGGGGCGCCCGUGCCCCGGAAGCUGGGGCCUUAG